GCCGCCCGCUCCCGCCCGCGCGCGGCGGGAUGGACGAUCAAUCCAGGAUGCUGCAGACUCUGGCCGGGGUGAACCUGGCCGGCCACUCGGUGCAGGGGGGCAUGGCCCUGCCGCCUCCCCCGCACGGCCACGAAGGGGCGGACGGCGACGGCAGGAAGCAGGACAUCGGCGACAUCCUCCACCAGAUCAUGACCAUCACCGACCAGAGCUUGGACGAGGCGCAAGCAAAGAAACAUGCCCUGAACUGUCACAGAAUGAAACCCGCGCUCUUCAGCGUCCUGUGUGAGAUCAAAGAGAAAACAGGUCUCAGCAUCAGAGGAGCCCAGGAGGAGGACCCUCCCGACCCCCAGCUAAUGAGACUGGACAAUAUGCUUUUGGCAGAAGGGGUUUCAGGUCCUGAGAAAGGUGGGGGAUCGGCGGCAGCAGCUGCAGCCGCGGCAGCCUCUGGAGGUUCUUCAGAUAACUCUAUUGAACACUCAGAUUACAGAGCCAAAUUGACCCAGAUCAGACAAAUCUAUCACACAGAACUGGAGAAAUAUGAACAGGCAUGUAAUGAAUUCACUACACAUGUGAUGAACCUUCUCCGAGAGCAGAGUAGAACACGUCCCAUUUCCCCAAAAGAAAUUGAAAGAAUGGUGGGCAUCAUCCAUCGAAAAUUUAGUUCCAUUCAGAUGCAGCUCAAACAAAGCACUUGUGAAGCAGUUAUGAUUUUAAGAUCAAGGUUCCUUGAUGCCAGACGAAAAAGGCGUAACUUCAGUAAACAGGCCACCGAAAUCUUGAAUGAAUAUUUUUACUCACACCUCAGUAACCCCUACCCCAGUGAAGAAGCCAAAGAGGAGCUGGCCAAGAAAUGCAGCAUCACAGUGUCACAGGUAUCCAACUGGUUUGGCAACAAACGAAUCAGGUACAAGAAGAAUAUCGGCAAGUUUCAGGAAGAAGCCAACCUCUAUGCCGCAAAGACAGCCGUGACCGCCGCGCACGCAGUAGCCGCAGCUGUGCAGAACAACCAGACCAAUUCGCCCACCACGCCAAAUUCUGGUUCUUCUGGUUCUUUUAACCUCCCAAAUUCUGGGGACAUGUUCAUGAACAUGCAGAGUCUGAAUGGGGAUUCUUACCAAGGGUCCCAAGUCGGAGCCAAUGUGCAAUCACAGGUGGAUACCCUCCGUCAUGUUAUCAAUCAGACGGGAGGCUACAGUGAUGGCCUUGGAGGAAACGCACUGUACAGUCCACAUAACCUAAAUGCUAAUGGAGGCUGGCAGGACGCAACAACUCCAUCUUCUGUGACUUCCCCUACAGAAGGCCCGGGAAGUGUGCACUCUGAUACCUCUAACUAAUCUCUGGCAACACUUUUCCCUGAGCUGACAUGCCUUGCUAAGUGCAUUCAGAGCAAUAGGAGGAAAAGGAAAGCGUUUUGUAGCCCACCAUCUACAGCUUUACUGUAAAACCUUGUCUUAUUAGAGAACUUGGUAAAUCAGUUUUUUAAAGGAAUCAUAAUCAUUUGUAUUUAUACUUAAAAACACACAAUGUUAAAAAAGCACUUUAUCCAAUUAGGCCAAGAUUUAACAUUGUUGACAGUCCUGUAGCUAUUUUAUCAUAAUUUAUUAUCAAUAUUUUACAUUAAUGGUUUCACAGUUGCCAAUUACUUGGCCUUAAGGGUAAAAAGUACAAUAUAUGCUAAACCUCAAUCGUUAGAGCAGAUGCAAAGAUUCACCUCACCUAAAUUGAAUUUCUUGCAUUUUUCCAUCGCGGACUUUGAUUGUCUUUCUUUCAUAUCGCUAAUGGGGUUGGAAUAAAGGAGCUGUUUGGCUAUCUCUGUUAACGAUGGUUUGUUUAAGAAUCUUCCUUGUCACGUUUGCGUUUCGAUCUCUUACGUUAUAAUUAGAUCAGAGACUGGUAGCAUCUUUUCUCUCUCUGGAAGCACCAGUGCCCAGAGUCUACUCGGUAAUUAAAUUCUGGAUCCAGAUUGUUCUGAGAGAUGAAGAUCCUUGCUGCUGAUAGAGGUGAACACGAGAUCCGUCUGGGGCUGUACGGCGUGCACUGGGUGCUGCACAGGCUUGUCAAGGUUUGCUACGUCCUCUGGGCAUCCACAAAGGCCCUGCUCUCUGGAGUGUUGUAUAUAGUGUAGCAAAAGAGUAUUUAUACAUCUCACCAAUCAAAACACAGCUUUAUUACCUCAUGCGAACUCAUACAAACCAAUAGAAUUUCCACAUGUUCUGUAGCUUAGAGUGUGCUCACUUACUACCUCUGAACAAUACUCACGCUGUAGUUCGUCUCUUUCUUACCUUUUUGCAUCUUGUAAUUAACUCUUUGUUUCCCUUCACAAAAUGUAAUGUACAUUGUAAUCUUUUAAAAGAAAAAUCAGGGUUGCAUUUGCAACUUUUAAAAAACCAAGAGUGGAAACAUCGGGUCUUCAAUUAACACAGGAUCAGUAAAACCGUUGUAAAUACCGAGAAAGCAUUUUGAAUGUUCUUCAUCUUGUUACUAAUCCAUGCAAAAAAAAAAAGAAAAAAAAAAGGCGGCUAAUUGUGAUGCAUUCAGAUUUCAGUAUUCAGUACUGUAUAUUUCACCCUGUGUAACGGGGCCCCUCCCUCUCCUUUCUCUCUUUUUGUAUUGUAUGCGAUUCUGAAACUGAUUGAGUCAUGAAAAUAAUUUGUGGCGGUGAUUCUAAUGUAUUAAAAAUGUUUCGUGUUCCUUUCUAACUGGAUUACACCCUGGAUUGAAAAAGUCUUCCUCGUGGUAGCUAUAUGUAGUUUCAAACAUGAAUAAACUUUUUGCUUUCAUGAUUAAA